AUGGCUCUUUGGUUCCGUUUGGCAAUUCUCUGCUUCUGUUUGGCCAGUACCCUGGCAGCAGCGACCAAGGAGGUAGCAGAUGACCCAACAUCUCCUCCAAAACCAGAACCACCAGCUCCAGCAUGUACCGAGGGAGAAAGACAAGGAGACGCCACUGACUGCCACAAGUUCACCUACUGCAAAGAGGGCAAGUGGAACCAAGACCGAUGCUUCUGGUUCAGGAAGUACGAUUCAGUCACCAAGAAAUGUGUGAUGUGGGGUGCCACCUGUACAACAAAAUAG